GCUGCCACUCUCUGCUGAGCAGCAGCAGCAGCAGCAGCUAGUAGUCCUUGGGGCGCCUCCCUGGGCCUGAGCAGGAGGAGGCAGGAGGAGCAGAGGAAGCCGGCCUGGGGCUGGGGCUGGCCUGCCUGCCUGCCUGGGGCUCGCCCUCCUCGAUGGCCGCGGGCUGCAGGGACGGCCCGGGGCAGGAGAAGUACCGGCUGGUGGUGGUGGGCGGCGGAGGGGUGGGCAAGUCCGCCCUCACCAUCCAGUUCAUCCAGUCCUACUUUGUCACAGACUAUGAUCCAACAAUUGAAGAUUCUUACACAAAACAAUGUGUAAUAGACGAGAGAGCGGCAAGACUGGAUAUCCUAGAUACAGCAGGCCAAGAAGAAUUUGGAGCCAUGCGGGAGCAGUACAUGAGGACAGGAGAAGGCUUUCUGCUUGUCUUCUCAGUCACGGAUAGAGGAAGUUUUGAAGAAAUCUAUAAGUUUCAAAGGCAGAUUCUUAGAGUAAAAGAUCGUGAUGAAUUCCCCAUGAUUCUUGUUGGUAACAAAGCAGACCUGGACCAUCAAAGACAGGUGACACAUGAGGAAGGAAAGCAAUUAGCACGGCAAUUGAAAGUAACGUAUAUGGAAGCGUCAGCAAAAAUACGACUGAAUGUAGACCAAGCUUUUCACGAACUUGUCAGAGUUGUAAGGAAAUUUCAAGAACAAGAAUGCCCUCCUUCCCCAGAGCCAACAAGGAAGGAAAAGGACAAGAAAGGGUGCCAUUGCAUUAUCUUCUAAGAAUACUUUGAACCAAGCUACCAACUGCCAGAUUAAUUCUUUUCACCUACCUUUUUACAUGUUUUGGUGUUCUGUCUAGCCCUUUUAUGUGCAUGUUAUAUAAAUGUGGUCACCAAAGUAGCCUUAGUCUAAAAGAACGAGGCUGACCUAGUCCUAGAGGGAGUCUUAGUACUGUCUCAGGGCACAUGUCAGUACACUAAGGCUUCUUUUUUAAUACUCCCAGUCUCUUCAUUUGCAUAAAGAAGUUUGCACCUUGUGGAGUUUUAUUCGCGAUGGAAACAAAACAAUCUUUGACAAGUUUUUGAAGCCAACCUUAAAUGUUGCCAUUUGGGUAUUCCCCUUUCUUCCUCACUUAUGACAUGUUUGUUAAUUGUACUCAAGAAAAAAUUUGCUAAUCAAAAUGUAGAAUAUUUUUUUAAAAAGUGCAUUUGGAGGUUUUACCCUUUGAUUAGGUUAGACUUCAAAGUUCAGCUUGCCUUACAGGAAGCCAAUACACUGAAUUUCAUUGUCAGUAGAGAUUUGUGUUUCAGCUCUCGUUUAUGCUGCAGCUUUUUUUUCAGUGGUCAACUGUCUACUGUAUUUAUUGUAUGGCUCCAGUAACAGCUACAGGGUUAUUACUGUUACAGCUGUGUGGCCAAAUACCUGGGCUCAUUCUGAACAUGAGCAUUUCAGGUCUUGAAGAUUUUACAUCAUGGUUUGGGAUAAUUUUAAUAAAGUGUCUUCCUUUUGUAUUUCCAGGUAAGGGAUUCAAGAAAACUAAACCUGUAGCUGCUUUUUGUUUUGUUUUUCAUGUAAUAUAUAUAUAAAAAGAUGAAUUUGCUCUUUUCAUUGUCAGAUGAUUAAAUGUUUUUUGCUAUAUACUUUUAUACAUUAUUUUCUUAUCAAACUAGUUAACAAGUAUUUUUAUAUGUUUGUAAGCAAAUAUGCUUUCAUGGCAUAACUUGUGUAUAUGUAAAGAUGAGUAUUUAAUUCUCACAGGACAAUUUUAACUGACAAGAUUAAUGGAGGAUUUGGUAGAACUGUGGUAGAAUUUCUUUUUUUCUGUUGUAUACUCAAAGUGGCCCAUCAUGUGCCUGUUCCACUGUAUUUCUUAAAAGUGUCAAACUCCCCCUCGAAAAAAAAUUGCCUUCCACAUCCUUUACAGAUGACUGAUGGUUAUGUGACUAUUAAACUGUACAAACCUUUAACUGAA